AUGAAGCUUGUCGCCUUGUAUUUCUUGUCAGUUUCGAGCCUCAGCUGGGCUUGCUUCAUCACGAAUUGUCCGAUCGGGGGCAAACGCUCAGCCGCUUUCGGGCUUCAGCUCUAUUCGAACGAGUAUCGGAGGUCUCCCCAGUGUCCGCCGUGCGGCCCUGGCUCUUCGGGUCAAUGUUUCGGCCCGGGUAUCUGUUGCACGCCCGAUUACUGUGUGUUGGACCCUGUGGGCUUGUCAACAUGCAAGUCCGAAGCUCUGAAGAUGACUCCGUGCAACAUUAAUCGUCCACGAUGCGGCGCAGAAAACAAGGGAUACUGUGCUCUCAACAGACUCUGCUGUACCAGCGAUUCCUGCACCCUGGACGAAAGUUGUUCCAGCGCGAAGGACCGGGACAUACUGCGUGAAUCCUUGAUGUUGAAUUAGAUGGAGGUCCAGAAGCGCGCAUUAAUGCUGCUCCU